AGAGAGAGAGAGAGAUAGAGAGAGACAGAGAGCGAGAGGAAGAGGAAGAGAGAGAGAGAGGAAGAGAGAGAGAGAGAGAGGAAGAGAGAGAGAGAGAGAGAGAGAGAGAGAACAGAAGUUGGAUGGCGCCUUCCUUUGUCACCAUGUUUCUUUGCUAAUGAACAUCGACCAAGCUUAUCCGCGAUCCGUGAAAUCACAACGUCUGUCGCCGCCGUUUCACGUCUAAGUUAGCUAGCUACUCCUCCGGAUUUCAUCCAAGAAACGGUCCAAUCCUGUGGCCACGAUGAUGGAGGAGUCGGUGUCCACGUUUGAGACGCAUCUGACGGCUGUCAUGGACAGUCUGAUCCGAGCCUCGGUCUGUGAGAUCACCAAACUAUUCCAGGAUAUGGUGAACGACUACCUGGUGGAGCUGUCCCUCAAUAGGAAGGAGAACGACUCUCUCAAACAGCGGCUGAGGCUCACCGAGAACAAACUGAGAACCGAGCGCAAGUACGGGAUGGGCUGGGCUGCCAACCGCCGCAACGCCGGGCUGGCGGCGGCGGAGGAAGGAGCUGCAGGGCGGAAGAAACGAAAAGUUGAGGUGGCUCGAGGCAAGUCAAAGAAGGGCCCAGCAGCAGCCUAUGGAAAAGGCUGGCCUGUAGGUGUGUGGGAAGAAGAAGGUGGAGGUGGCGGUGGUGGAGGAGGAGGAGAAAGUGCAGGAGCUGUGGGUAUAGUAGCAGGAGGAAGAGGGGGGAAGGAGGCCAGGGAGAUGUACCUCAUCCAGUUCCCCAGGGAUGAAGAGGAUGAGGGAGGGAUGACGGAGGACGAGGAAGGGGAGGGCAGCAUCAGCGGUGAGGGGAAGGAGACGGCCAACAUCAAAGAGGAGUUAACACAAACAGAGGGCUAUCAACCCGCCUCUCUCCAGCUAAUCAAGGAAGCUUUGAAGAUGAACCCAUCCAACCAGAACCUCCACACUGGCUCAAGAGCCCAAAGCAAAGGAGAUCUGUCGGGUCAUCCCCUGACCCUUCAUUCAGGAGAAAGAGAGGAGGAGGAGGACUGGGAGGUGGAGUCUGCAGAGCCGUCGGAGGGGGGCAUGACCAUGGAUGAGCUGAGGGGUCUGGAGUCUGCACUGAGGGCUGAGAGAGGCCGCAAACAGGCUGCCAUGACAGCCUCCCAGCCUGUCAGUCCUGACCCAGAGGUAGUGCGAGGCAGCGAGAGCAGCCUGGCCCCCAAGUACAUUGGUCUCGAUGGAAUGGAGCAGGAUGAAGAGCUGGAGCCACCCACCCUGCAGAGAGAGGAGCAGAUAGGGCAAGGCAGGAUGAAGGACGUUGCGAGGGCCGGCGUGGAGCUGAGGUCAGGCUGGCCAAAGAAGUUGAGAGAGGGCGACUCAGCUGCGGUCAUGACAGGAGAGCAUAGAAUGGCAGAGCAGGGAGAGUCAGAGCACCUGCCCCACCUCUCUGCUCCAGGGAGUGUUGGAGAGAGCGGAGGGGAAGAGGAGGGUGGUGUAGACCUGCUCCACUUCUGCCCACAGUGUGGAGGAGGCUUCACCUCAGAUGCUGAGCUGGAGGAGCACCCUUGUCCACUGGGAGCCUCUCAUUUACAGAACAAUGGAGAGGACAGUCUUUUCCCCUGUGCCCACUGUGGCAACACAUUCAGCCACGCCUGGGCUCUCAAGAACCACGAGUGCGCCUGUGCCGCCGAGAGGCCACACUGCUGCGAGAUCUGCGGGAAGCGCUUCACACACUCGCGCUCACUGGAACGGCAUCAUCUGGUGCACACGGGAGAGAGGCCGCACCGGUGCCCCCAAUGUGGACGCAGCUUCAGUCGUCUUGGCAAUUUGGAACGGCACCAGCGGAUUCACACAGGUGAACGUCCAUACGGGUGUGAAGCAUGCGGAAAACGGUUCAGUCGGGUGGAGUACUUAAAGAGACACCAACUCAUACACAGUGACAAGCCGACACUCUACUCUAGUGCUCCAACUGGAGAAGUGGCUUUAACCACAAGUGUUUUUAGAGCCACUCCUUCAAAUCUCUGAUAGAACUGGAAAGAAAAGGCAGGUUUUUAAUUGAAUGUGGUAGAAUUCAGGUGAUGAAUGUGACCGGUGGAAGCUAAGUUGAUUUGACUCUCUUACACGCUCUUCCAGGAUGGAGUUUAAGCUGGAGGGCAGAACCUCUGUCUCCCCCCUCUGGCAGGGAGAGCAAUUACACAAACACUGUUGACAAGAAAGGAUUCAUAAUAACACAGGGUGGCCAUGGUCUCUCCCCCCUUCCUGUCUGUCAAGAUUUUGGGUAAUACAAGUAAUUUGAUGCAUCGUGUAACCAAUCAGAAAGCCACAUUGAGCAGCUACACUGUGAAGACCUGUAGGUGACUGAGCAAGGUUGGUUGACGGCAUUUUUAUAUGUAAAAGUUCCGCAUUUUAAAUUAGUUAAAGAUAAAGAAACUAUAUGUGUGGAUGAUUUUUGCUGAGUAAAAGUUGAUAAGUUAAUUAAGUUGACAGGAAGUCAGUUGUCGGUGCCGUUUCUCCAGAGGAGGAGAAAUA